AUGAUUGAUGAGUACGGUGACAUUGUGACCCGAGUGACUCGGCUCAAAACAACCUAUGCUGGGUUGAGAGUCAACGUCGCCAUUGGGGGCUGGAAUUUUAACGAUCCACCUUCGUCAACUUAUUUCUCAACAAUGGGAGGUUCAUAUGUGAAUCGGCAAACUUUCAUUAGCUCUCUCAUGUCGUACUUGCAAAAGUAUGGUCUGGACGGUGUUGAAAUAGGUCAGCUUCCCACUGCAAUUGCUUUUUUCUCUGUGUUUAGUGUUCUAACGUGGGGCGAUCUCACAAACUGGGAAUAUCCAGCAGCAACAGAUCGCGGUGGCACUGCUGACGAUACGGACAACUUCGUUGUAUUGCUCGCUGAAAUGAGAGAGGCUUUCGAUGCUGUGAAUCCCGGCUGGGAGAUCACCUGCACUCUUCCAUCCAGCUACUGGUACAUGCAAAGUUUCAGCCUCGAAUCGAUGCAAAAGUACAUCUCGUUCUUCAACAUGAUGAGCUAG